GAUCGCUAUGGGACUUCUCGCAAUUUCCUCUUUCCUCCUCUGCAGAAAAUAACAUUUAAAAAUGAAAAGCAAAUGAGGAGCAACAGCAAAUAAUAACUGGCAAAUUGUAUUUUAUUUUUGCCAUUCUUAUGAAAAUGAAGAUCAUAUUUCUUGUGCUUCACAUUAGCAUGUUGCUACAUGUUGUUUUCUCUGCUCAGGGUCGUUUUGCUCAAAAAUUGCUGAAUGACCUAAUGGAGAACUAUUCGAAUGCUUUACGGCCUGUGGAGGACACAGACAAAGCUCUUAACGUCACUCUACAGAUCACACUCUCUCAGAUCAAAGAUAUGGAUGAAAGGAACCAGGUGUUGACCACCUACUUGUGGGUGCGUCAGAUCUGGCAUGAUGCGUACCUGAGCUGGGAUAAAGAUGAGUAUGAUGGACUUGAGGUCAUUCGAAUACCCAGCGAUCUUGUUUGGAGACCAGACAUCGUUCUGUAUAACAAUGCAGAUGAGGAGGACUCCUCUGGACCCCCAGGCACUAAUGUGGUGUUGAGGUAUAAUGGUGAGAUCACUUGGGACUCCCCUGCCAUUACUAAGAGUUCCUGUAAAGUGGACGUCUCUUAUUUCCCCUUUGAUAGUCAAGAGUGCAACCUUACCUUUGGCUCCUGGACCUACAAUGGCAACCAGGUGGACAUCACUAUGGGCAUGGAGAGUGGUGACCUUUCAGACUUUGUGGAAAACGUGGAAUGGGAGUGUCAUGGCAUGCCAGCUGUUAAGAACGUCAUUAUGUAUGGCUGCUGCUCAGACCCUUACCCUGACAUUACUUACACAGUCCUCCUCAAGCGGCGAUCAUCCUUUUACAUCUUCAACUUGCUUCUGCCGUGUUUCCUCAUCUCAUUCCUGGCUCCGCUGGGCUUCUACCUGCCUGCUGAUUCUGGGGAGAAGGUCUCACUGGGGGUUACGGUGCUGCUGGCUCUGACUGUAUUUCAGUUGAUGGUAGCAGAGAGUAUGCCACCUUCAGAAAGUGUUCCACUAAUUGGAAAAUACUACAUCGCAACAAUGACCAUGAUAACGGCCUCCACAUCAUUGACUAUCUUCAUCAUGAAUAUACACUUCUGUGGAGCGGAAGCAAAACCUGUGCCCCACUGGGCUAAAGUCCUGAUAAUAGACUACAUGUCAAAGAUAUUCUUUGUGUAUGAGGUAGGGGAAAACUGCACCACACCUGAAAGCGACAGAGGCCCAUUGUUCUCUGAAGACCCGCUGGCUAGCCUGGAGAGAGAUGGCUAUUUUGACAAAGGGUUUUAUGGAGACUGUCAGCAUGAUGAAAGAAACCACGGUCAGUUUAAUGGGUACAAUCACAGAGACCACCGGCAUGGGAAUGGGUACCAUCACAACAAAAGUGACUAUCGGCAACAUGGGCAUCAAAGGAGGACCCGCUCAUCUUCAAAUUCCCCUAUCCGACAGAGUGCCCAUCAUCCAAAAUACACACAUUACAUUGGUCGAGAUGGAAGCGAUAAGCUCCCACUGACAAGUCAGGAAAAACUAAAAGAUAGCGAAAUCUCAAUUCCAGAAAAACUUAGUGGAUACACCUACGAUCAUGGCAAUGGCUAUCUCAAUGGAGUUGGCUAUCUCCAUGAUAAUGGCUACAGCAAAACGUUUGGAGCAGAUAGAUACAGUAAGACCCCCACUGGCACAGGAGGUGUAUGCAUCUGUGGCCAACAUCAGAAAGUGGUGCAAAACAUUGACUACAUAGCUAACUGUUUCAGAGAGCAGAGGGCACACCAGGCAAAAGGGGCAGAGUGGAAGAAGGUUGCCAAGGUGAUGGACAGGUUCUUCAUGUGGGUGUUUUUCAUCAUGGUAUUCCUCAUGAGUAUCCUUGUCAUGGCCAAGGCAACCUAGGGCCAUUUACACAAUAAAGAUGCAAUCAAUUGAUUAUGUAAUGGGUAACUCUAUGUUUCAAAAGACCAUUUAGUUACUGAUU